AUCUACUUCUAGAUAAGACUUUCACCUUCUCUUUGUCAAGAUCAAUUCGAGCAGGGCGCAUUCUUGGUAACUAGAUCAGGAGGGUUAACAACUGAGAUCAGCAAUUCAUCGCAGUGAGUGGUGAAUUCGUGAAAGAGCUAGGAACAGGACCGAAGGCGUGUAAUAGUGCUGAGGUGGAAUUUUAAUCCGUGGUAUCUCCAGACCUCGUACAAAUUUGCGGCGCCUUCCCAAGCUCAGGUCGGACAACACUCCAACCAAACCCAUGAUGUCUUGGCUCCUGGGUCACAGUAAAACGACCUACACCUCCCAUGCCUCGCCAACACCCCUCCAGACCAAGACUGGCUCAAAAACAAACCUGAAAGAGAUCGCCGAGUCCUCAAUCCCACCAUGUCGACUGAACCCCUUCCUCUUCAACGGCCACCUCCAAACCAUGUACACAGCCGUCAAAGACCCAGGCCCGCAAAUCUACUACAAGCGCCAAAUCUUCGACUCUGACCACUCCGUCUACCCCGGCACCUUUGCCGUAGACUUUGUAGUUACAAGAGAAGAAGGACUCGCAGCAGGCGAGCGAAUGGCCUCAGACAAAGACACCACCGAGCUUCCCGAAAGAACCGCGAACUUCACACCCAAAGAAUGGGAAGGGAUAGGUAGUUCAGACAGCAAGCCCAUGUUGAUAGCCCUCCACGGUCUGACCGGCGGCUCCCACGAAGUCUACCUCCGCGAAACCCUCCAACCCCUGCUCACAUCCACAUUCCAACCCUGGGCCGCAUGUGUCGUGAACGGCCGCGGCUGCGCCUUAUCCAAGAUCUCAACGCCCCAACUUUUCAACUCACGCGCUACAUGGGACCUACGUCAGACCAUCAAGACGCUACAUGCCCUCUUCCCCAACCGCCCUCUCUAUGCCAUAGGCUUCAGUCUAGGCGCCAACAUUCUGACAAACUACUGCGGCGAAGAAGGCGCUUCGUGUACUCUCAAAGCCGCGGUGUCUUGUUCGAACCCGUGGAACCUGGAAGUGUGCAACACGACGCUCCAAUCUACUUACCUAGGCCUGCACAUCUACUCCCGCACCAUGGGCAAAAAUCUCAUGGGUCUCUUCCACCGCCACCGCGAGCAGAUACUGAAGAACCCUGGUAUCGAUGAGACAGCUCUACUGGCAAGCAGAUACCUCCAUGAAUUCGACAGACAUGUCCAGUGUCCUACAUGGGGUUACCCGACCGAAGGCGCGUAUUACAGAGAUUCCCAAUCCGUAGAUGCGGUGUUGGCCAUCCGCAUCCCCUUUCUAGGGAUCAAUGCAGAAGACGACCCUAUAAGCAAUAAAGCGGGACUCCCGGUUCAGGAGAUCUUGCAAAAUCCGAAUACUUUGCUGUGUACGACGGAUUGGGGAGGUCAUUUGGGGUCUUUCCAGUUGGGCGGCGGACGGUGGUUUGCGAGCGCUGCGGCGGCGUUUUUGGAGAAGAUGUUUGAGGAAGUGGAGUUUGAGGCUACGAGGGGGGUGGAUGAGGGGAAGGAUGUGAAUAUGGGGGGACUGGAGGGGAAGAAGUAUCCUAUUUUUGAUCCGAAUCAUCGUAGGUUGAUAUUGCCCGAUGCGUAGAUGGUUGGAUUGUAUAUUUGUUUGGGUAUCAUAGACUUUUAGAUAUCGUAGAUCUUGUAUAGACCUUUUCCCUUGCACGAGACAAGAGGCUCUCUCUUCUGCCAUGCCCCGAUAUCUGCGCGUGGAUC